AUGUUGCAGAUUGAUAUUUUUGAUAUUCUUGUAAGGAGUAGGUUAAAACGUUAUCUGUUAACCGCAUACAUAACCAAAAUAUAUCGACAAAUUUUGUUAAAACCCAAUGAUUGUGCGUACCAACAUAUAUUAUGGCGUGAAUCUCCUGAGGAAGAAGUGAUCGAAUACGAACUUCGUACUAUCACUUAUGGCGUUACUUCUGCUCCAUAUUUGGCUAUUCGAUGUUUGCAUGAAUUAGAUGCUCAGGCUGGUUCAAAAUUACCAGCCGCGAAAAAUAUUCUCACUCGCCAAACGUACGUUGAUGACGUGGUAGGAGCAGAUACAGAAUUUGAGUUAUCUAUCAUUCAACGAGACAUCAUCGGCUUAUUGAAUUCUUGUGGAUGCACCUUAAAAAAGUGA